UAUUCACUUAUUGUUUCUGCUAAGUAAGAGUUAGUUUUGCUUUAUUUAUUUCAUAGAAUGCUUUAGUUAAUUUUGUAUUUAUUUGUUCUUUUGUUAUGUCGUGCCUCCCUCAUGUGGUAGAUUUAGGAUACUCCACCCCUAUUUAAGCAGCCUUUUGUUCUUUGUUGGCAGGUCAGUUUUGUUUGUGUUCAGUUAGAAUUCAGUUGACCUCAGUUAAAUUGGGCCCAAAAUUGUUAUUUAUUCUUUGACUUAUUUUUGCAUUAAAUAUUUAUGUUUUGUUUGCUAUUUUGGAAUAAUUAAAUUGAAUUUUUUCUACUUUGAACAUUUUUUUUGUCCUCGUUUGAGUCUGGUCCCUCACAGUUGGUGUCAGGAGUGGGAUUCUUUCUCCAAAAUGCCUGGAAAGGGAAGAGGACGAACAAGAGGAGAACCCGGUUCUGAGCUGGAUGAAAGAGUGGCUGUUGAGGAAGGUGGAGCUGUUGGUGGAGUGUUUGACAUGGAAGAGGAGAGCGGUGAACCAACACUAGCAGACUUGGCCAACCUUCUCAGGGCCCACAUGGGACAUCAGAAGGCCAAAGAGGAUCACUGGACCAGAGAAACUGCUAAGCAACAACAGAAAUUUGAUGAACUACAACAACAGUUCAGAUUGUUUAAAAGGGAGAGCCAAUCUGAGACCACUCCCACUGCUCCACAGACAUCAUCGGUGCGGCCUACACAACCACCAGAUCCUGGAGUGGCAGCUUCAUCUCAACAUAGUCAAUCAGGUGAUCUAUAUUCACAGGGGUAUGUUUCUCAUGCACCUAAAUUACAAAAAUUGAGUGAAGAAGAUGACAUUGAACAUUUUCUCAUUACUUUUGAAAGAAUAGCUUCUGCCUGCAGGUGGCCAAAAACUGACUGGGCUUUCCAUUUAAUACCUCUGCUAACAGGCAAAGCUAGAAGUGCCUUUGUGCACAUGGAUGUUGAUUUGUCUAUGAACUAUGAUCAAGUUAAAUUGGCUGUUUUGCAGAAGUAUGACAUUAACAGUGAAACCUACAGGCAAAGAUUCUGCUUGCUUCAGGUGGAGCCAGAAGAAACUCCAAAGGAGCUCUACAUAAGGCUGAAGGAGUUGUAUAUCAAAUGGGUGCAACCUAACGGUAAAACAGUUGAACAAAUCAAUGAAAAAAUGAUUCUUGAACAAUAUUUAAGAAUGUUGUCACCAGAACUUCAGGUUUGGAUAAAAGAACAUAAUCCAAAGACUGCAAAGGAGGCUGCUGAACUGGCUGAUGUGUUUGUGGCUGCGAGGAGGAGGAACUCUUGGGCUUUUCAAAGCUGGAAAAAAGAUGGCUGCCAUCAAUCUCCAGCCCAACCAGUUUCAGCUGUGGGUAAGCUACCUGAAAGAGAGAGAUUUGGCUCAAAGGGUCAAUGGAAAAAAAACCACUUGUUACUUAUGUGGACAGGCGGGUCAUACUAAACCAAUGUGUCCUCAAAAUGCUGUUAAGUUGUCCCAGAUGUGUUUUGUGCCCAGGAAAGAGGCUCAAAAUGUUGGAGCAAUGGAUCAAUUAAUGGAGACCUUUGUGGAGCUCAACGGUCAGGCACUGAGGGCCCUGAUUGAUACAGGGAGUACACGGACUUUGAUCCAGCGCAGGUACAUCUCACCCCAGCUUGUUUGCACCAGUGAGACCAUUCCAAUCUGCUGCGUCCAUGGUGACAGAAAACAAUAUCCAACGGCAGAUGUUUAUGUGACUAUAAAAAGACAAACUUACCUGCUUAAUGUUGGGGUAGUAGAUAACUUGCCAUUUCCAGUAAUUCUUGGCAAUGACCUGCCAGUGCUGAUUGACCUGUUGAAUUCUCCUCAGUGUAAUGUUGCUCUAACUCGAGCCCAAGCAAAGCAAUCUGAGGAUAUUGUUUUCGACCUCAGUACCUUACCAUUUCACAAUGUGGAGUUUUUCCCAGAGGACACUAAAGACAGGAAA